AUGCCUGGUGUUACAGUGAAAGACGUUAACCAGCAGGAGUUUGUCCGUGCUCUUGCAGCCUUCCUGAAGAAGUCAGGAAAGCUGAAGGUACCUGACUGGGUGGACCUUGUAAAGCUGGGCAAGCAUAAGGAGCUAGCUCCCAGUGAUGAGAACUGGUUCUAUAUCAGAGCUGCAUCCACAGUUCGUCAUUUAUAUCUCAGAGGUGGUGCAGGUGUUGGAUCCAUGACCAAGAUCUAUGGAGGCCGCAACAGGAACGGUGUGUGCCCUGCCCAUUACAGCAAAGGAUCAAAGAAUGUGGCUCGUAAGGUCCUGCAAGCCCUUGAGCUUCUCAAGAUGAUUGAGAAGGAUCCCAAUGGUGGGCGAAGACUGACCUCCCAGGGAACCAGAGACCUGGAUAGAAUUGCUGGCCAGGUUGCAGCUGCAAACAAGAAAUCUGUUUAAUAAACAUUUUUUCUUUUUGAAAAGUCAAA